AUGAUUCUGCUUAUUUACGUGGAUGACAUAGCUAUAUUUGGUUCUUCUAAGUCACUCAUCGAUCAAUUAAUUUUUUCUAUGAGAUCUAAAUUCUCAAUUAAGGUCUUAGGUCCUUUACAUUAUUUUCUUGGAGUGGAAUUAGUCUCCAAUUCUGAUGGUCUUCUCUUGAUGCAACAAAAAUAUAUUAAUGAUAUCCUCCUUCAGUUUGAUUUGGCUAACUCUAAGCAUGUUUCAACUCCAUUACAUAGCAAACAGGAUUGGCAUUCAACUUCUUCUUCUCUACUCUCUGAUCCAUCUAUUUAUCGACAAAUGGUAGGUUGUCUUCAGUAUCUUGCAUUCACCAGACCUGAUAUUCAUUUUGCGGUGAAUUUGGCAUCACAAUUUCUUCAUCAACCUCGUCAAAGCCAUUUACUAGUUGUUAAACGCAUUUAUCUAUACUUGAAAGGGACAAGUCACUUAGGAUUACAACUUCAUCGCAAAUCAUCUCAUGUGUUAACCAUUUACUCCGACUCGGAUUGGGCUGGAUCUCGAUCAAGCACAGAAGCAGAAUAUCGGGCUUUUUCCGUUGCCGCUGCAAAAGCGACAUGGUUGCAAUAUCUUUUGCGUGAUCUUGGUGUCUUCAUUGCAUCUCCAAUUAUGGCCAAAUGUGACAACAUUGGUGCAAUCCACCUUGCUCAUAAUCCA